CAGUGUUUUUACACGAUGAUGCAGGGAAUCUAUGUUACCAGAGUGACGCCAGGGGGGCCGGCAGAAGUGGCUGGGCUGAUGGUCGGGGAUAAAAUAAUGCAGGUGAAUGGCUGGGAUAUGACCAUGGUGACCCAUGACCAGGCACGGAAGAGGCUCACGAAGAAGAACGAAGAUAUUGUGAGACUUCUGGUGACGAGGAAGUCCCUGGAAGAGGCAGUCCGGCAUUCAAUGAUGUAGUAACGCAUAAGACAAGGGCUCUUGAUGAGGAAUCCGUAGUUUUAAUCCACAGCGGGGCUGCUGAUCUUGCAGAGCUCAUUUCCGACACUUGGGAGGUGUGUAUUUCCAGAGUUUUCACCCCCAGCAACCUGCUAGCAGGUUAGAUAUACUACCUGUCUGGAUUUUUCACAGAUUGUACAGGGAAAAUCCUUUCUGGAAUGUGAGGGCCAGCUUCGAUUGAAUUGUUUUAUUCAGGUGGACCUUACCUGUUUGUUAUUUAUCUCUACUUUACAGAAUUUGUGCAUGUGUCGUAACCUUUACAAUACAGGCACAUUUGGAAGUAAUAUAUAAAAAAUGCAAAUCUGAUUCGAGGGAGAAAAUGUUGGAGUGUGAUUAUUUCAAAGGAAGUCAAGUGUUAUAAAAUGCAUUGCAUUUUAGCAAAUAAAAUGUAUGAACAUAAUUACAGCCUGUUUAAACUAUAAACCACAAGAAGAAAGCCGGUCUAGAGCUUGUACUGAAUCUCUGAAUUUACCGUCAUGUUUUGUGGCAACUUCAGUUUUCUUAGUAAGGUAGUAAGCAUGUGGAUUAAUUCUAAUGGAUUCCUUUAAUUUAAUUGUGCCAAAAACAAUAAGGUAUAUAGUGCUUUAAAGUACAUGUUCUGGGAAAAUAUGAAAACAUUAUGAGUAUAUUUUGAUUCAUUUUUUUAAGUUUAAAUGAUACCAAAGUAAUGUGCACAGCCUAAAUUAUGUUUGAUAUAUUUUUUAAAAAACAGCCUUAAAAUGCUAAAUGGUGGGCCAUUUGAGAGGGUAGGGGCACAGGGUUAGCCUGAUGUUCUGGGCUUUGUCCCAAAUUUUGGGUUUAUAGGAUUAAAGCAGUUGAGGAUCUGAAUAUCUCGGCCCUUAAACAUUACAUUAAUUCUCCUUUUACAGCAUCUUUGAUUUUCAGUUCCUGUAUGCUUUGCCAGCUCAAAGCCAGCUGAUUUUAAAUUACAAUGGAUUAGAAUUAAACUAAACUCCCAGCUGUAGCUGCUGCCAUCAUGACUGCUUUCCAAACUCUUAAUUCACAAUGCUGAUAAUGAGUACUUUAUUUCCAAUUAUUUGAAGAAAAGUUUAAGAUUUUCCCAUUAGUACAAGCACAAUUGAGCGGGUUAGUACAUUAUAGAUAGAUAUACUGCUUAUAUGGGACAGAAAUGUUUUUUGGGAGCCUUCAGACCCCAUGUUUUGGAACCACUACAUUCGAUAACUGUUCAAGUGCCUUUUGUGUCAGCUUGUGUAAGAUCAGAGAAGCUGAGCAUUCAUGGAGAUAUUAAGUGAGAGCUCUAAAGUAACAUGAUUGUUUUUCCUUUGUAGUUUUACACUGGAAUAGCUUUGCUCAAGGCUAACAAUUUGUCCCCCUGUAAAUACUAUGGGGAAAAAAAUGAAUUCACAUAAACCGUAAAAUAAACUUUUGGAAUCAUAUAAUCCCACAGCUCCAUAAAAGAAUAACAGUGAAAGAUGUGAUCCUUAAAAGGGACAAUAUAAAGGUAACAUUUUCAAUUCAGAUUUCUCUAUCCGUCCUGUAAUGGCUCAUCAAUGGUGGGGUUAACUACACCUUUGUACCAUCAAAUUGACCACAGUGCCUCAAAAAGGGUAAAAGAAAAUGUAAACUAUGUGCCUGGUUUACUGUGAUUUUAAAACACUUAGUGCAGAGGUUUUCCAUCGGCUUUUGAUCUUGAUGGGGAAACCAAACCAUUUAAGUUUCUUGUUUCAAGCAUCUUGUUUCAUUGCUACUACAAUAUCAGAAAGCAAUAUCUGCAGUUAUUACCUCCACCCUAUGGAACAGACCUGAAAGAAGAAACUAGUUUUGCUAAUAAUCAGUGGAUUCAACACAGAAUACAUUUUUUUACUUGGUCAUAUUUGUUUUUAGUCCUAUAGUAAACAUUUUCAUCAAUCACUGCCAUAAUUGUAAACCUUGGAUUCUAAUAAUCAUAGAUGCAGUCUCUUCUUAUUGUUUGGUGCUUUUUAAUCUAUGUUUGUUAUUGUGGAUCCACUAUACACUCCUAUGCAAGAUCGUUCCAAUAGGGUUUAGCUAAACCCUAAAACGUCUUAGUAUACACACUACAUUCCUUUAACACAAUGCAUUUCUAAUUUAACACUUUUUUAAAGACCUAGAAAGGCUGUUUAAACACUACACUGUAAAAAUCUUCUUUUGUAAAAGUCUGCUCGGUAUUCAUACUGUUAUGUCUCUGUAUUCUUUUCAUUUCAUUCCUAAAAUGCUAAUGUAUGAUUACGCAGACCCCAAAGAGCAUUAGUCUUGCACUGUAUUUACUUUACAAUUAGAUAGUCCAAGACAAGUACUAAUGAAAAUCUUUGCAGCCAGUUCCAGUAGUACAGACCUGUGGUAGGACUGUUCUGGAUAACAACCUGCUGCAGUUACCCUCCUACUAGCAAGUGUGUGUGCUGCUGUAUGUAAUAGUUUCUGAAGAUAUCUUGUCUUGCAUUAUUAAAUGAUUAUGAGGUACAA